CUCGAGGUGAAAGCAAGACUCUUGUGGUGUGGUUCCCCCGCUGUGCCGAACAGAGUCCGUUGGAAACCACUUGCCCGCUGUCGAUUCUGGCACCGAGUGGGACCUGCUCGUUUACUCUUUCUCCACUCCGGCUGAAAUGAUCUCGUUUCUUCACAAUUCGUUUCCCAUUCACGCGAGAAACGUCGCGGUGUUCACUCUUCCCAACACCUGCUCUGGCGCCGGCCUUUCCUCCUCUUCUUUGUCUCCGUGCACUUCAGAAGGUCGCUUCUUCCGCAGUCCAGCGGAUCGCCGACUUCCUGUUUCUCGAAAGUCGCCGCCCUUCGUAUGCAAAACGCGACAAAGGCAGAUCUCAAGUGAACUCCACUGUGCGCUGGAAGAAGGGAAGACGCUGUAGGGAUGCUCUAAAGUUGGAUGAGCGUCGCUCCCGUGUGUUGACUGCUGGAGAUCGUACCCGUCUGCCGAAACAAGGAUGCAUCUAGGAUGUUGUCCGUUUUUCGGGAAACGAGCUUAACAGUUCAGUUCUGAAUCGAGACAGCGAAGGAGAGGCGAUCGAUUUUUUCCUGCCUCGCUUCGCCCAGGGUUCACGGACUCCGUGUCGCGCCGCUGAGAGGGGCCGAGACUGCGGCGUCGUACAAAUCGUCGCUAUUCCUGCAGAUCUCCGCUCCCCUCCUUCCUUGUAUUUUUUCUCUCAUUUCCUCAGCCAGACGUUGAGCCUCUUGGCAGUCGCAUUCGUUGCUUGUCGGCACUUUCGCCUCUCGAGGUCCGCCUCAGGAACCGCGUUCGUGUCUGUACACCCCGGAGUCCCAAACUUCCGCGUCUCUUCUGAGUUCUUUCUGCCCCUCUCUUCCGCGCCAGGCUUCCCUUGUUUUUUUUUAUUCCCUAGGUCGUGUUUGUACGCUCGUCUUUCCCUUUGGUUUUCCGACGUCUCUUCCCGCAGUUUAGAGUCAGGCUCUUCGUCGACGCCCUCUGCUGAUCUUUGAUUCUUCGCUUCCUUUCUUUUCCAAUUUCCCAUUUUCUGGUCUUCCCCAUCCUCGAGUCUCGUGGCUGUGUUCUCUGCAUUUUCUCCACCUUUGUUUUUAUCCCUCCGUCCGUUCUCUAAGAAAGGACCCGUCCCGUUCCUUGCAUCGAAACCUCUUUACCUCAGUGUCUCUCCAUUUGUCGUUUCCACUUGAAUCUGCUGUGUCGCCGUUUCCCCGCGACUCUUGCCUCUUUUCACCUCAGCUCGAGCUCGCGGGCCUUCGCUCCCCCAUCGUCCUGUUUCCUCAUCUCUGAGUCCGAAAGACCAUUUGACUUUUUGCCCCUCUGCUUCUCUCCUCAGUCUGCGUUUCUCCUCGAUUUGUUUGUGGCUGAAAUUGCUUGUAAAGCGCUUAUGGCCCGGAGGCCUCGAACACCCGCACAACCAGAGGAAGGAUUCGGGUCCUGGGAAAUACGAGACCGCGUUGCAGCUUUGAAAACGAUUUCCGGCCGCUCACUGCACAACUUUUGACCCAAAGGAGUUCUUCGUUGUCUGUAUCUGAAAGCGGCAUCCAGGAUUCGAAGACUGCAGCUGUGUUUUCUGCUUCGAUCGCAAACGACCCCGAAGCGUUUCGGCAUCGAUCGUGUCUCGCAGCGGUUCUUGACAGGCGGGCUGUGUUGACUUGGUGAACCGUCGGUGUUGAAGCUCGCAGCAGCGAAGCUCUUCGACUUCCGUGGACGGAGUCUCGCAGUACUUUACCUUUUCUCUGCAGAUGUGACGGGACGAUGAGUUCGUCUUCUUCUUCUCGUCGGAGGCGACACUCCGACUUCUCCAGCGACGACGGCCACCACCACCGCGCGUUUUCUCGCUCCUACUACGACCCGUCUCGGAGAUCCAGACGCGACUCUGAGGAAAGAGACCGCAAUUCUUCUUCGCUCCACUACUCCCGGCACUCCUCCUCUCGGCCGCCCUCGGAGAGAGACGCUGGACGACACAGCAGCCGGCGAGAGCGAGAAGAAGAGCGAGGCUCCCGAUCCAGCAGAUCUGGACGCCAAGAGAGAAGAAACGACGAAGGAAGCGAGAGAAGAACCGAGGGGAAAAGUGGGAAGAGACGCGACGAAAGGAGUCAAGGAAGAAGCGAGAGAAGAAGCGUCGCGCCCGAUGAGAGACACGGCGGCUACGACAGAGGUAACGACACAGACAAGAGCGAGAGAGGAAGCAGAGGACGAAGACAGAGCGAAAGCGACAGCCGGUCGCCUUCCAGAGAAAAGAGGCGGCGCCAAAGACGCAAGGACCGUGAGGCUGAACGGGAGAGAUACAGCUCAAGUCGAGGACGAGACGAGAGAGACAGACGGAGACACGACCGCCUGUCCGGCUCGGACUCGGGGAGCGACGGCGAACGAGAGACCAAGCGGAGGCGCAGAAGUGCAGAGAAGAGCGAGGCCAGGGAGGAGAAAGUCCAGAGAGGGUUAGAGAAAUGCAAAAGUCUCGAGAACAAGCCCCGAGAGAAGACGGACAAAGGCGCCGAAGAAGAACGGAAAACGCGCCUUGAGCGAUUCAAACAACUCGCGAAAGAGACGUCCCCAAAUGGAGAAAAAGACCUCAAGACUUCUUCUCCCGCAAAGGAACGAUCUGCCUCGCCUUCAAUUUCCUCGAAAAAAAUCGAGCGUCCAGAGCAGGAGGCUGCAGAGGCUGCGACUCAAGGCCCUACGUCUCAGACGAGCAAAGAAGGCUCGAAGAUAAGCCGCCUCGAGCGUUUCAAAGCCCUCCAGCAGCUGAAGCCGACUUCUGGUUCGCCUCCGUCGCUUCUCGCACCUCAGGCCUCCACUUCUGACAGUCGAGCUACGGUCUUCUCUGCAGAGAAGGAGAAGCACGGCGCUUCGGAGAAGCCCGCCGGGACGACGAGCUUUCAGGCGCCGAGCUCGAAAGUGUCUUUGGCGCCCUCUGGAGACAAAAGGGACACCCCACAGCCGCGGCUCCGGCGCCUCGGAGACUCCGCGGCAGUCCAGGCAGCCAAGGCCGCCGCCUCAGCUGCCGCGACCGCGGUCGCGACUCUGGCUGCGCAGACGCUUUCGGCGAGCCGAGGCGGACGCGAGGCCGGCGAGAAGAACAAAGUUGAGGAGGCCCGAGAAGGCAGCGAGAAGAAGCCUGCAGGCUGGGGCGAGAGCAGAGAGACCAGCGGAGACGCGGGACAGAAGCCGAGCGCGCCUCUGGGCGCCAAUAUCGACGUGAUCUAUGGAGGCGAGAGGCUGAGGAAGACUGUGAAGGCUGGCGGCGAAGCUGUGGCGCCCGGAGGCCGCGACAAGGGAGCUGUGGAGGACAGAGAAGGGAGAGAAGAGACGAAAGGAGACGACGGGGACGUGGAGACACAAGAGACACAGGAGGCGCAGGAGACCGAGGGCGUCGAGGACGAACAAGGUCGACAAGGAAAUGGGUCGAAGAAGAAAAUGAGCAAAGCGAAGGAAAGGAAACAACGCCAACAGUUUUUGCUCAGAACGAUUGCGAUGAAGACACAGAGCGAAAACACCGCAGACGAUCCUCUCGAUGCAUUCAUGACGGCUCUCGAGUCAGAAGCGAAGGAAGAGCUGGAUGCAGCGAAGGAGGAGGAACGCGGUAGGGUCGCACAACUGCGGUGUCUGAACACGAAGGGCAAGAAGGAAGCUGCGAAACCGAAGAAAGAAGCGGCUUCGACUGUCGACGCAAGUCGUAGUAUUUCUUUGGAGGAGAUUUCAAGGUGGGCGGAGGUCGAGCACCAGUUCAUUCCUGUGAAAGCUGAAAGAGAGAAGCCAAGCGGCGAACGGGACUCGUCUUCGUCUCUUGUUAAGGAGGAGCAGACGCCUAGCGACGAUGCGUCUUCUCCGUCAAAGCCGGCUUCUCUUCCUUCCGGGUCCAGCGAGGGGGCGUCUUCGGCGCCGCAUGCGCAGACUUUAGAGACAGGAGAGACGAGUCGAGAGGAGACACGUUCGCUGGAGAAGCCGGAGGCUUCUGCCAACCUGGCGGCAGUUGACGAACGCGGGGAAGGCAUGGAGACGGACCCGUCGCGCCUGCGCGUGAAGAGCGAGCCGGCGGAUGCGGCGCCCAGCGACUCCGCUAGUUGGGCACCACCGGCGCGGGACGGGCCCAGAGACACCGUGGAGACAGCCGCGGAGACGCACGCAGACGCCGCGGCGGAGGCGGCCGCAGCCGUGGCGGCGGGUGGGGCUGGGGAGGAAGGUGCGAAGGACGAGGACGAUGCGUACUACCGCGUGUUUAUGGAGGAGAUGAAGAAGAAGAAGGAGGAGGCGCAGAGACUCGAGGAAGAGCGAGAAAAGCGGUUGAAGAUGACUCGAGCUGUGAUAGCCGGCGAGGUCGGCCGAGGCCCCAGAGAGAAGAAGAAGCGGAGGAGAGUGGAAGAGGAAGAGGAUGAACGCGUCUUCUCGGAUGGGGAAGAAGAAGACUCAAGCGAAGAGGAAGGGGAAGGCAAGGACCCGGGUGCCCAAGGCGACGAGGAGAACCUCUCGUAUUUCGACCUGUUGAUGAAAGUAGGAGCAAAGAAGCAACUCCCCACGGUUGACCACGAGGCGUCAGCGUAUCCGCCGAUCAAGAAAAACCUCUACAUUCAAGUGAAAGAAAUCACAUGCAUGAAAGACCAUGAAGUCGACGCGCUGCGAAAAACGCAUGGAAACAUCAAAGUCAGAGGCAAACAGUGCCCCCGACCCAUCACGACCUUCUUUCAGUGCGGACUCCCAGACAAAAUCGUCAAGUACCUCACGCUUCGCGGCAUUACGGAGCCUUUCCCCAUCCAGAUGCAAGCGAUUCCUUGCCUCAUGUGCGGGCGAGAUGUAAUCGCUGUCGCAGAGACUGGGAGUGGCAAGACUCUUGCCUACGGCCUUCCUCUGAUUCGUCACGUGCUCUCUGUGAAGCAGCAGUACAAGACUUAUCUAGCGAACAAGAAACUCGAGGUGGAGACUGCGGAAGAAGAAGGAGAAAAGAAACCCCAGCAAACUGCGCCUGAGGAAAAGAAAUCUGGAAAGGAAAAGGUCGUCGUCUACAGAGAUUUCCGAGACGGCGCCAUUGCCUUGGUCAUUGCGCCGACGCGCGAGCUCUGCAAUCAAAUUUUCAAGGAAAUCAAUCGAUGCUGUAAACUGGUCGACUUGAACGCCGUCGCAUGCUAUGGGGGUGCAGGAAUUGGCAGCCAACUGGGAGCAAUCAAGAGGGGGGUGGAGGUGAUCGUCGGCACUCCGGGGCGUCUCAUCGACAUUCUCACGAUGAAUGGAGGCCGUUUGACGUCUCUGAAGCGCGUGACCUUCAUCGUUUUAGACGAAGCGGACCGCAUGUUCGACUUUGGCUUCGAACCGCAAGUCACUUCCAUCAUUGCUUCCUCGAGACCAGAUCGACAAACGUGUCUUUUCUCAGCCACCUUCCCUCCUCAUAUUGAAGCGCUAGCUCGUCGCAUUUUGCAGAAACCCGUGGAAAUCAUUGUGGGCGAGAAGGGGCGGACGGCAGCGAAUGUUCAGCAGUACGUGGAAGUCAUGGAGGAAGAAAGAAAAUUCUUCAGAUUGCUGCAGCUUCUAGGAGAGUGGCAGGAGCACGGCUCUGUCAUCAUCUUUGUCAAUCGUCAAGUCGAGGCUGACGAGUUGUUCACAGAGCUCCUCAAGUAUGGCUACCAAGCCGCGACGCUCCACGGCGGGCAGGAUCAAACGGAUCGCGAGUUCACGAUUCAAGAGUUUCAGGACGGCGUGAGGACUUUGUUAAUUGCCACGAGUGUGGCAGCGCGAGGCCUGGAUUGCAAGCAUUGCGUUCUGGUCAUCAACAUGACAUGUCCGAACCAUAUCGAAGAUUACGUCCACCGCAUUGGGCGCACAGGACGAGCAGGGCGCAUAGGAGUCGCCUACACGUUCUUGACCAAGGAAGAUGCAGACAAAGCUGACGACCUCGAAAAGGCGCUGACGCAGUCUGGGCAGGCGGUGCCCCAGGCUCUGUCGGACUUGUCCGCACAGUACAAGCAAGAGUGCAACUUAGGUAUGCACGAGAAGAAGAAGAAGGGCGGAGGCGGCUUCGGAGGUCGCGGUUUUUCGUUUUCUGCUUCUGAGAAGAGCAGACAGCAGCGGGAGAGACAGCAGGCUAAGAAGGAGUUGGGUCUCGAGAAGGACGCAGAAGACGAGGAGUUCCUGGACGCCGACCUGCUCGCUCCCGAAGACGUCCUUGGACCCUCUGGAGACCGGGAACCGGAGGGCAGAGGAGCGGCGGUCGACCCCGUGACGGGGCUGCCUGUCAACUUCAGUGCGGCGACUGUGCUGAGUUCCGCGACAGACGGCAAUUCGCUGCAGUCGGCGGUCGCCGCAGCUGCGGCCAAAGCAGCGUCCCUCGCCCAGAGACAGGCGGCCUCCUCGGGUCCCGGCCUUGCCAGCUCGGAAGGCGCAGAACGAGCCAGAGUUGUGGCGGAGCUGCUCAGGAGACAAGAUGAAGAAAGGCUACUGUCUGCUGUGCCGCCUCCACCACCUCCAGGCGCACCCGCGAGUCCGCCCCCUGUUGGCGAUGCAACGGCCCUGUCGAUCCCUCAGCAGGCCGAUCGCAUGGCGCAGAACGCCGUACAACACAUCGCAGAUCCGAUUGAGCGUGCUCGUCACUUCGCCGCUGUGAAGCAAUCUCUGACGAACUUCUUGACCUCCCGUCGCGCUGCGGCGAACUCUGCUUCGCAAGCAGUUGCCACCGGCUUCACUCCUGGUCAGCACCAGCAUCAGCUAGCUGUGGCGGCCGCUGCCGCGACGGCCGCGGCGGCUGCGGCCGGCGCAGGCGGCGAAGUGGCCGAGGCCGCAACGCAGGCUCUGGAGCUUCUGAAAAGUGGAUCUCAGAGUCUCAGUGCUUCAAUGGCUCUUCAGGCAAAUCUCGAGAAACUCAGAAAUAUGUCGAGCCAAACGGCGCAGAGUGUGGCGGCCGCCCUGGCUGUUUUGUCUCCUGCAAAUGCAACGCUGGGGAGGAUUCGAGGACUCAGUGAACGUGGAUACAAGUGUCCCAACACCGGGAACUUCGUGGAUGAAUUCGAAAUCAACGACUACCCCCAAAUUGCCAGAUACAAAUUCACGCAGCGCGAUGUGCUUAGUCGCUUGAUGGAGGAGACUGGCGCAGUUCUCUACGUGAAGGGCCAGCAUGUGGAUCCUAAAGAAAAACACAAAGUCAAACUCGCACCGGGAGCGAAGUAUUUGCACGUGGAGAUCAUCGGCGCGACUCCGAUCAUUGUCCAGCGCGCGAGGAACGAAUGCCGCCAGCUGUUGGAAGCCUUGGCAGUGCGUUCGUUGAACACCACCAACACACAGACAGCGCGUGCCAUCACAGGACGUUACAACAUUUGGAGUUAAGCAGAACGGGCAAGCGGAAAGAGUUCGUUUCCGCGGAGACAGAAAGGGAAUUGUUUUGUUUCGAAACGCACAACCGAAACAAAGUGACCUCGAGCAAAGGCCAUGCAGGCGACUGCGGAAAACAGCGCUUCUCUGGGGGCGUCUUCCUCUCUUGCUGUCCGUCUGUCUUUCAAGGACACGAAGCAGGGACUUAUACAAAAUCCAUUGGUACCUUUGUAUAUAUGUAUAUACAUAUAUAUAUAUAUAUAUAUAUGCAUCUAUAAUGUAUAUGUGUGUAGUGUUUGAUAUGGAGCUUUGUAUGUGAAUGCAUGCCGUGUGUCACCUUAGAGGAAACGGAAGGAGGGCGGGGGGUAUCUUGUUGGAGCCCAUCGAGUGUCGGGGGAGUCGAGUUGGUUGGCCAUCCGUCGAGUGCGUGUUCUUGUCUUUGUUGCGCAUAUUUGUUCACGGGAAACGCUUUUUCGAGGGCGAGGAGACAGGCCAGGACCGUCUCGCCCAUCGUGGCGCUUCUCGCAAGCGAAAGUGAAUGCAGUCCGCCUUCGUUGACGACGGGAGACGCCCAAUUCGCGCCUGUCGCUUUUUGCUUUUCUCUCUUCUCUCCCAUUGUUCUUUUUCUGACUACUUUUUUCCCUGCGCCCUCUCUCUGUCUUUAUCCCCCGCGUCUGUUUUCGUAUCCUUCCAUGCGCUGUUUCCUCUUGAGCUGAUUCCCACCCCUUGGCUUCUCGCCUAUCACUCGCUGUGCUUGCCUGUGGAAGCCGUCGAACGAAAAUUGUAAAAACAAGAAAGUUGCCGCUGUCAGACACACCGAAAGAGUGCUGAGUUACACUGGUGGCAGCUGUGAGGAUGCCUUGUUUGAGUUUACCGCCACCGUAUAAACCUGAGAGAAAGCUGCUUUGAUGACGAUGUAGACGAGCCGCUAUUGUUGAGGCACAGCCACCAUAACCCCGAUAGAAACCUCUAACUUCGUGACACUAGUGUUUAAUCAAGGUGGUCGUGGAAAACAAUGGAGAAAAGGAACAGACAACACAUACUUGUAAACGGAAG